AUGGUGCGGACCAUAGCAGUGUUGAUGUGGAAACAUGCAGUUGUCAGAAAAAGGAGGUUUAUACUCACCGCAGUGAGCUUAGUGUCGCCUGUGUUGUUCUUCGUGUUGCUUUUUACACUUAGAAAUGAACUCAAUCCUGCACCAGGAAGUCUCCAGGCGGAAGGAAUUAUACAGAGAACUGAACAAAUACGAUUGUCGGACAACACACCUAUCGAGUUGGAGUCCCCCAUAAUGGAUUCGACAAUUUUGUACCACCCUGAGUCACCGCUUACUAACAUGCUCAUGGACGAAGUUGGCGAAAAAUUGUUGUUGAAGCGUCUCCAAACACUUCCAGUACGAAAAGGUUCGAUGUCGACCGACGGUUACAUCCCCUACACGAACGAAACGCAGAUGUUGUCUUUUGUAAACAUUAUGAAACGUGGGGAUGCUGUCAUCAUAUUUCAUAAUCUGAACAUUGACACAUGGCCAACCAAGUUGAACUACACAAUUCGAAUGAAGGAAGACUUCGGCACUAAGUCUUACGAAUCUGUGGACAGUAUACCUAACUCUCACAAGAUGUUUGGUCUGCAAUACCUCACAUUCAUGCGCAUCCAGUGGGCUAUCGACAGCAGUUACAUCAAGAAGCAGUCAGGGUCUGACGUCAAUCAGACGGUGUCCCUUCAAGAGUUCCCGUACUACAAGACAGCUCAUAAUGACAUGUUGCCAAUAAUCUGUAAGAUUCUAGAGGCUAUGUGUUGGCUGUCACUCCUGCUCGUGUUCGUCGAUCUGAUGUGUCGAUUGCUGGCGGAAAGGAGCUCAGGUAUUCAGGAACUAAUAAAAAUGGUUGGCGUAUAUCCCCACAUAAUCGGGUUCUGCCACUACCUGAACGUACUACCAUCGGGCCUGAUGUUCUCCAUCGGCGGGACCAUACUCCUCAAGAUACAUCCAGCCAUCAUACCCAAUACCAACGGCUUCUACUUGUUCCUCAUGCUGAUACUCUACUUCAACACUGUUAUCAUUUUGGCAUUUGUGUGCAGUUAUAUAGUGAAGAGCACUGAAUUCGGGGCGACUCUCGGAGUGAUAGCGUACGGUCUUCUCUGGACGCCGAUGCGCUUGCUCCAAGGGUAUAACUUACCACACCUACUGAGGCUCCUCACUGGGUUCCUGCCGCACGUACCGAUGGUCUGGUUCUGGAGGGAGCUGUGCCUCGUCGAAAUGAAUGGUAGCGGGAUAACGAUAAACACAAUGUUUAUGACCAACUACAGGAACAAUGAAUCAGUGUUCCAAUGCUACGCUUUCUUGGUGAUCCAGAACAUUCUAUAUGUGUGCCUGGCCGGCUAUCUCUCCAUGGUGAGGCCCGGGCAGUACGGGCAGGCCUUGCCCUGGAACUUUAUGUGUAAGAAUCCGUUUCGGAAGAAAGAACAUCAUAAGACCGAUAAGACUGACAGCGACUCUAUAGACCUGAUACAGAGUGAUGGCCAGUACUUUGAGGAACCACCCGCUGGUAUGAAAGUUGGCAUCUUCGUUGAUAACGUUACCAAGGUGUACCCUAAUAACAAGGCUCUAAAGAAUGUCACUCUAAAAGUGUUCGAGGGAGAGAUCACUGUAUUGGUGGGCCACAAUGGUGCGGGAAAAACGACUCUAAUGUCUAUAAUAACAGGCAUGACGAGUCCGACAUCAGGUCAAGUGUACGUGCACGGUUACAACACUAUGACGGAACAACACUUAGUACGUAAGCACAUCGGACUGUGCCCUCAACACAACAUGUUCUUCCCGGAUCUGACGCUGCAGGAGCACAUCAUGUUUUUUACUAUGCUGAAGCGCGGCUCGUACGCGGAGGCCCGCGAGUCGUCCCGGCGGCUGGCGGAGCAGCUGGGGCUGGAGGACAAGCUGGGCGAGCUGUGCGCGGCGCUGUCGGGCGGCAUGAAGCGGCGCGCGCAGCUCGCCUGCGCACUCGCCGGGGACGCCGACGUGCUCGUAUUGGAUGAACCAACAUCAGGACUCGACGUUGAAUCUAGACGGGAACUGUGGGAUUUACUACUUUCCCUCCGAGGAGCCCGCACGGUGUUACUGUCGACUCACUUUAUGGAAGAGGCUGAUGUGCUCGGAGACCGCGUGGCCGCGCUACACGCUGGUGAGCUGCGGUGUUUUGCUACCACCAUGUAUCUCAAAAAGGCUGUUGGUGACGGUUACCGUCUGACCUUGACCACGAAUGGUCCUCCAAAAGUAGAUGCGAUUACUGAAAAAGUAGUAGAGCGCGUUCCCGACGCUACGUUGAAAGAGAAGACUAUGAACUCCAUCUCCUACAACUUGCCAGCGACUGCCACUAGCUCCUUCUCUAAACUGUUCUCGAUGCUAGAGAAGAACAGGGCGAAACUGCACAUCGAUUCUAUUGGAGUAGGGGUAUCAACAUUAGAGGAAGUAUUUUUGAAGUUGUGCAGUGAUGUAGAUGCCCCAUCGGAAACUGACGGUUUGGAUCAUAAUACCCCAGAUACUCGCCCCGUUGCUACUGAAACCACCAUAUCACUCAAUGGUUCAUAUCAAAACAAUGAAGCAGAGCGCGACCUAGAGAUAUACUUCAAGAGUCUGCAAGGUGUGACACACUUGAAAGUGACGGGCCCUCUUCUGUAUUUGCGCCAGUUGAAGGUGCUUUUCAUGAGACAACUCUGCUUCGUCCUCCACAGGAAAUGGAUCUUUUUAAUCAUGCAAGUAAUCCUGCCAAUUUUACUGAUAUUCAUUGCAACGUCACACAUGAACGACGACCCUGGCAGCAAAGGGACACGCUCCCUACCGCUGGACCUAGAUAUAUAUGCGGAUAUGCCUGAGAAACGAGUGCUGUACAAUCUGCUCCUCAAUGACAGUAGUCCCACUUUAAGAACACUGAAAGAGGAGUAUCCUUCUGUCAAUUUUCAAUAUACUGACGACGUGGCAGAAGAUGUCCUACAGAUUGGUAAAAGGAGCUUAUUGGAUUACAACAAGUAUUUAACGGGAAUCGAGAUGAAUGAUACUUCUGCUACAGUACUAUACACGACGACAGUACGACACGCGGCGCCCGUGGCGCUCAACUUGUUGUCCAACUUGCUGGGGGUGCGAUACCUCAACUGGCCAACCUUCCAAAUAUUUACUCAAAACUAUCCUAUCGAAGGAGUUAUUCGUGAACCUACUAUGAAACUACCUAAGUCACUGGAAUUAGGCGUUAUUUGGGCUCUGUUCAUAACAUUUUUCAUUCAAGCCGCAACAUUACAUUGUGUGUCCCUGCCUUGUCGAGAAAGGGAGACAGGAUCCCGUCACAUUCACAUCAUGUCCGGAUGUCCGAGCGAGCUAUACUGGAUCGCCACCCUCCUCUUCCAUACAGUCCUCAGCUUCUUGUUCCUCAUCCUCCCCACAAUCAUAGCUGCCCUGAUACUGGAAAAGGACUCAACUACCAAUCAGGCUGACUUCUUAGGCGUCCUGGUGGUGAUACUACUACUUGGCUCUAUGACAAUGUUCGCUUUAAUGUACCUGAUCAGCUUCUACUUCAAUGAGAGGACCACCAGCAUCAUACUCGUCGCAUCUCUAUUUGUUUUCGGGCUAUUCUGUCCACUGACGAAAGCCGCGUACGAGCUGGUGGACCAGAAAAGGGACGUAUUCUACUACGUGCUGGAAGCGUCUCACUACGUGGCCCCGCCGUACUCGAUGACGGUGGCCAUGUUCCACGCAGUGAGGAUCGCCACCGUCAACUCUGUCUGCGAUCUGAUGAAACACACCUGCCCUUACAUGUAUAAUAUCCCUGUCAGUGGAUGGGAUGAUGAUGCCGGCAAUAAGUGCUGUGCUGGGACAAAACCUCGGUGCUACUUCUGCGAAGGGCAGACUCCACUUUCAAGCCUCUACGUUCUUCUCAUACAGUUUAUCGUUUUAAUGAUUUUAUUGUUCAUGACGCAACGCGGCAUAUUCAACUGGCUGUGGGACAGAAUAAGGAACUUUAAUUAUAAUGGUUCAACCGGCUCCGACGACAAUGCCAUGGUGCGCGCUGAACGCACUUACGUCGAACACGAGUUCAACAAAAAUCCUGCUGACAUCAAGAAAGACGCCAUAUUGGUACGUAAUGUGCAUAAAAAUUACAAUUCAUGGUUCAAGCAUUGCAACGCGGUCAAAGGAAUCAGCUUCUCAGUUAAAAAAGGUGAAUGCUUCGGUCUGCUGGGAGUGAACGGCGCUGGUAAGUCCACCACGUUCAAAAUGUUGACAGCUGAAGAAUGCACCACCCGCGGCGACAUUUAUGGGAAUGGAUACCAUCUAAAGAGAGGCAAUACUAGGUAUUUACAAACUCUGGGCUACUGUCCUCAAUUCUUCGGACUGGACAUGUUCCUCACUGGCACUCAGAACCUAAACCUUUUGCUGACACUCCGCGGACUUGAAGAAGAGACCCUCCAGAAGGAGGUACAGGGUUGGAUAGAAAUUGUCGGGCUGGAGAAGUACGCCGGGCGAGCGGUGGCGGGCUACAGCGGCGGCUGCGUGCGGCGCCUGGGCGCGGCGGCGGCGCUGUGCUGCGGCGCGGGCGUCACGCUGCUCGACGAGCCCAGCGCCGGCGUCGACGUGGCCGCGCGCCGCCGUCUCUGGGCCGCCAUCCGCCAGGGGCUCACCCACCACCGCUCCGUCGUCAUCACCUCGCACAGCAUGGAUGAGAUGGAAGCGCUGUGCGGGCGCAUCGCCAUCAUGUGUUCGGGGCGCGUGUGCGCGCUGGGCUCGCCCGCCGCACUGCGCGCCGAGCACGCCGCCGGACACGCCGUGCUCUUCAAGAUCAAGCACACCGAUGCUAUAGAUGAAGUGGACGGCCCCAAUAAUAAGGUGGUACAGUUCAAGGGCAAGCUUUUGGGUACAUUCAACUGCGAGUUGAAAGAUGAACAUAAGACGAUGUUACACUACCAUAUUAAUGAAACGAUGCGCUACAGUGAGCUAUUCGGAGCCCUGGAGAGUCUUAGAGCUCAGUUCCCCACCGUUAUCGAAGACUACGCUGUCACUGAAACCACAUUAGAAGAAGUAUUUCUAUCAUUCGCGAAAGGGAGUAAGAAAAUCGUGGCCGUUUAA